CGGGCUGCUCCCUCAGUAGCGGGGGCGAGCGGAGGCCGGGGUGCGGGCGGCUAAGAUGAGUGAAAGGAGAAGAUCUGCAGUCGCCCUGAGCUCGCGAGCACAUGCCUUCUCCGUUGAAGCCUUGAUCGGCUCAAAUAAAAAGCGGAAACUGCGAGACUGGGAGGAGAAGGGGUUGGACCUGUCCAUGGAGGCGCUGAGCCCCGCGGGCCCACUCGGAGACACGGAGGACGCGGCCGCACAGGGCCUGGAACCUCACCCGGAUUCCGAGCAAAGCACGGGUUCAGACUCUGAGGUGCUCACUGAGCGGACUUCCUGCUCCUUUGACACUCACGCUGACCUGGGCCCUGGGGCUGCAGGCCCUGUGCCUGCUGCCAUGUCUUCCAUGGAAGAGAUUCAGGUAGAGCUGCAAUGUGCUGACCUCUGGAAGAGGUUCCAUGACAUUGGAACUGAGAUGAUCAUCACCAAAGCAGGCAGGAGGAUGUUUCCUGCCAUGAGAGUGAAAAUCACUGGCCUGGACCCACACCAACAGUAUUACAUAGCAAUGGACAUUGUGCCUGUGGACAAUAAAAGAUACAGAUAUGUGUACCACAGCUCCAAGUGGAUGGUGGCUGGCAACGCGGACUCCCCUGUGCCCCCAAGAGUUUAUAUACACCCUGAUUCUCUAGCUUCUGGAGAUACUUGGAUGAGACAGGUGGUCAGUUUCGACAAACUCAAGCUGACCAACAAUGAGUUGGAUGAUCAAGGACAUAUCAUUCUGCACUCUAUGCACAAAUACCAGCCUCGAGUUCAUGUGAUCCGCAAGGAUUUCAGCAGUGACCUUUCGCCCACCAAACCUGUCCCUGUUGGGGAUGGAGUGAAGACAUUCAACUUCCCUGAGACCGUGUUUACCACAGUCACAGCCUACCAGAACCAGCAGAUCACCAGAUUAAAAAUUGAUCGAAACCCUUUUGCUAAAGGAUUCAGAGAUUCUGGAAGAAACAGAACCGGACUGGAAGCCAUCAUGGAGACUUAUGCGUUCUGGAGACCCCCUGUGCGCACACUCACCUUUGAGGAUUUCACCACCAUGCAAAAGCAGCAAGGGGGCAGCACAGGCACUUCCCCAACCACCUCCAGCACUGGGACACCAUCCCCUUCAGCUUCUUCUCACCUUUUAUCUCCAUCCUGUUCUCCUCCAACAUUUCAUCUGGCUCCCAACACUUUCAAUGUGGGCUGUCGAGAGAGCCAGCUGUGCAAUCUAAACCUCUCUGAUUAUCCACCCUGUGCCCGAAGCAACAUGGCGGCCUUGCAGAGCUACCCAGGGCUGAGUGACAGUGGCUACAACAGGCUCCAGAGUGGCACUGCUUCAGCCACUCAGCCCUCAGAAACCUUCAUGCCUCAGAGGACUCCAUCCCUGAUCUCAGGAAUACCGACUCCUCCCUCGUUGCCUAGCAACAGCAAGAUGGAAGCCUACGGUGGCCAGCUGGGGUCCUUCCCCACUUCCCAGUUCCAGUAUGUCAUGCAGGCAGGCAAUGCGGCCUCCAGUUCCUCAUCACCACAUAUGUUUGGGGGCAGCCACAUGCAGCAGAGCUCCUACAACGCCUUCUCUCUCCACAACCCUUACAAUCUCUAUGGAUACAAUUUCCCCACUUCUCCUCGGCUAGCUGCAAGCCCAGAAAAACUGAGCGCCUCUCAAAGCACUUUACUCUGUUCUUCUCCUUCCAAUGGGGCCUUUGGAGAGAGGCAGUACCUGCCCACGGGAAUGGAGCACAGCAUGCACAUGAUUAGCCCUUCGCCCAAUAACCAGCAGGCGACUAACACCUGUGACGGUCGGCAGUAUGGGGCGGUUCCAGGCUCCUCCUCCCAGAUGUCCGUGCACAUGGUUUAAUGGCCGGUCCAAACACCACGGAGCUUACUGCCCUACACCCGCAGGGCCCCAGAGUCUCCAUGGGCAGAUCCUCCUUUUUGGGAGCCCAAGCCUUUGAAAAAUGGGAACUGUGUAUUUUUUUUUUU